CACUUGACCGUCGCGCCCUGCGUCUCGUCGACGAGAUCCGAACACAAAUACCGGGACGGAUUUCAAAGGCUUCGGUACUCGCCAGAGAACUCUCAUUCGAUGUAUGGGACGCGUUAGGGGACGAGAUGACGGCUCCGCUACCAACAUAUUUCCGCUCGACAUACGACGAGAACGGCGACCUCCCUCCUGCCCCGCACGCGAUGCCGAGAAGGUUCUGGGCGAAAACGGCACAGGGCAUCAUUGCACGGUACUGGGCUGUCACCAUGUGGCGGCGUCUCUACGCGGGUGAUCCAACUGUUAGCACGACAGAGGCUCUGGCUGGCUGGUCAGCUUUCUACGGAUGGUCCCCUCAGGAGAUUGAGCGCGAGCUGGAUUAUUGCGCCCAGGAAUGCCUUGAGUUCUUGCCCCGGUCCGGAAAGAAGAUUGUUUGGGACCCCUCGGAUCCUGACUUCAACCUCCAUCGAGCGUGUAGGACAAUUAUCGAGUACAUGGAAGAUCAGGAAUGGAUAGGCGACGACUUCGACCCGGAUUCGAACGAGUAUAUCUUCAACUCGUACCCGCAUGCGAUACUCAGGGGAGAGCGAACGUUCCCUCUGAGUCGCCUCUCCCUUACAUGGCUAUUCCUGGCUCUCUGCGACCGCCUGGAACUGUUUGCAUACACCGUAACCAUACCGGGGCCAGUACCGAGGCCGGCUUGCAUAGUCCGGAGGGGCGGCGGCGCUCAAGCUCUCGCUCUUGAUGAUCCAGUGGUUAUAGAAAUGAGUGUUACUGGAAGCGCACCGUCGAUCUGCUCUCUAUCUGACGUCCCUUCCUUGAAGGAGCCGUACGAGGCUGGGGAUCCUAUCGCAGAACUACCUCGCACAUGGUUUCUCGUGGAGGCCAUAGGAGACGCAUCCAACAAUCUUACGCUGCAUGACGACGCGCGUGUCUGGGAAUGGUCUACCAGGCAUCCGAAUAGGAGAUUCAUUGCAUCAUAUGCAGUGCAGUGUGCCCUUGCGGCGACUGCUCGUCCUGAAUGGGACGCGACUUAUAACUUCCCUGAGCAGCUGCAAGACAUGCUACCGCUUGACCUCCCUGUUGUCGUUCUUGAUGGUGUCUGGUCUGGACAUUCGGGACCAUUCGCGGAAAAGCCAUUCGUGAAAGCAGUCGAGGAACUAGCACAGCGGUCGGAGAAUCUCGAGACACUGGUCAAACGUCGCCUGCAACAUCUCGGCCCCGAGCUUGGCCGCAUUGGGACAAUUAUCACUUCCAGGCCAAGUGAACCAUACUUGCCACGAGGUGUUAUCUUUGGUUGGGAGAGCAAUGGUCAGACAGUAACAUAUACGCUAGCUUUCCCAACGGGCAACUGGCAAUUACCAGAGGAGGGAAUGACUGACCUGGAGAGGGCGGGGCUGUCCAGAAAGAGGGCGCGCAAGCUCUUCGCUAAUUUUCCCUAUCUCGGACGCUACUUUGAAGACGUGUCUUUCUCCGAGGUCGAUUCUGAUGGGAAUCCCAUGGGCCUUGUCCUCACUGCAGAGGCGCGGACGUUGUAUCCUGACGACGACGUCCUGCAAGACUCUAUGAACGCGGUCCCUAGCGGCCAGGCGGACUCGACCGUCGUGCGUGUAACAUAGACAAUAUCUAGUCCCGUACCAUUGUGUUU